UGUCUGCUGUCGUUUCGUUUUCCCCAUUGUAAAUGCUUCCGGUUGUUUCUGUACAUGCGCGUUGAAGUCCUAUUCAACUUCCUUUUUGGGGUCUUGUGUCAGAGAAGACAGAAUGAAGACCAUUAACACAACCCAGACUGUAAAGGUGAAGGACAAGAGAGUGACUGUAUCAGUCAAGUCACGUAAAGUGACAGUUAAAGGUCCACGUGGUACGUUGGUUCGUAGUUUCCAGCAUCUCCCUGUUGAUAUUUCUAUGACAUCUCCUAAUGAACUAAAGGUUGAAAAAUGGUUUGGUAAGCAUAAGGAAAUCGCUGCAGUCACCACUGUAUGUGCUCACGUGAAAAACAUGAUGAAAGGUGUUACUGUGGGUUUUCUUUACAAGAUGAGAGCUGUAUAUGCUCACUUCCCCAUUAACGUAGCAGUCUCUAACAACAACACCAGUGUUGAGAUCAGAAAUUUCUUGGGUGAGAAGUUCACUCGUCAUGUUGAUAUGUUGAAAGGUGUAACAUUCAAAGCAUCUGGUAACAAGGACGAGUUUAUUCUUGAGGGGAAUGAUGUUGAGUUGGUCUCCAGAUCAGCUGCUUUGAUCCAACAGUGUACUUCUGUCAAGAACAAGGACAUUCGUAAAUUUUUGGAUGGUAUCUAUGUGUCAGAGAGGACAACUGUUGUUCAGGAAUAAUUGAGUCAAUAAAUUAUGACAGUUUUGA